AACGAAAAACGCAUGAGUUCAGUCUAGCAAAUAGGAACCGCAAGCUCACGAAAAAAUGAUUUCGUCUUCUCAAAGCUUCCUCUCUAUCGUCGUCGUCGUCCUCGUCCUCUUCUCGCCGAUCGCCUCCGUCGUCGGGCUGCUCCGUCCGCCGCCGAAUCUGUCAAUGAUUUCGGUUGAGCGGCUGAUUCACGACCUCAAUUUGUUCCCGAACCAUCCGAUCAACAUCAUCGACGAUGAGGUUGCUUCUCCCGACGCUGCGAGGCUGGUGGAGAGGCGAUUUAGGUUUCCGAAUUCGGUGGAUCCCAUCGCAGCUGAGGAACUAGGUCACCAUGCCGGUUACUAUAAGAUUGAGCAUUCUCAUGCCGCCAGGAUGUUUUACUUCUUCUUUGAGUCUCGUAAUAGCACCACAGAUCCUGUUGUCAUCUGGUUGACUGGUGGGCCAGGUUGUAGCAGUGAGAUGGCUCUUUUCUACGAAAAUGGCCCCUUCACUAUUGCUGAUAAUCUAACUCUUGUGAGAAAUGAGUAUGGGUGGGACCAGGUUUCGAAUAUUAUAUUUGUUGACCAACCUAUUGGAACUGGAUUUAGCUAUAGUUCUGAUAAACGUGACAUUCGCCAUAAUGAACAUGAUGUCAGCGAUGACCUAUAUGACUUUAUACAGGCAUUCUUUACGGAGCAUCCUGAACUAGCAAAUAAUGAUUUUUUCAUUACUGGAGAGUCAUAUGCUGGACAUUAUAUUCCUGCUUUUGCUGGUCGCGUCCACCGUGGAAACAAAGAAGGGGAAGGAAUUCAUGUGAAUCUGAAGGGAUUUGCAAUGGGAAAUGGUCUAACGGAUCCAGGAAUCCAGUAUGCUGCAUAUGCUGAUUAUGCUCUUGAUAUGGGAAUACUUACGCAAUCUGAGCAUGAUCGUAUCAACAAAGUGCUUCCACUAUGUGAAGCAGCGAUCAAGCUCUGUGGCACUGAUGGAACUUUAUCUUGCAUGGCGGCCUAUUUUGUUUGCAACACAAUAUUCAGUUCAAUUAUCUCACAUGCUGGCGAUGUGAAUUAUUAUGAUAUCAGAAAGAAGUGUAUAGGCAGUCUAUGCUACGACUUCUCAAACUUGGAGAAGUUCCUCAAUGAAAAACCUGUGAGGACAGCGCUUGGAGUUGGAGAUAUAGAGUUUGUCUCGUGCAGUCCUACUGUUUACCAGGCAAUGCUCAUGGACUGGAUGAGAAAUCUUGAAACUGGUAUCCCUGCUCUUCUUGAGGAUGGAAUAAAGAUGCUGGUGUAUGCUGGAGAAUAUGAUUUGAUCUGCAACUGGCUUGGUAAUUCAAGAUGGGUACAUGCAAUGCAGUGGAGUGGUCAGAAUGACUUUGAAUCAUCCCCCGAAGUCCCUUUUCAAGUUGAUGGUUCCGAUGCAGGAUUGUUGACAAGUUAUGGUCCUCUGAGUUUCUUAAAGGUACAUGAUGCUGGACACAUGGUUCCUAUGGAUCAGCCUAAAGCCGCACUAGAGAUGCUGAAGAGGUGGAUGAAGGGGUCACUCUCACAACUGACUGCCGAACAGGAUAAUCUGGUUUCUUCGAUGUGAUUACGAAGCUUGGCUUUCUCGACCUAUAAAAUGUCUGUAAACAAGAGAUGACUUAUGGACAUCUUACAGCCUCAUGACAGUUAUGUAGGAUAAGUAAUGGUGAAGGCAAAAUGUUGAAAUUGGAUGUGCUGUGAUUACAAAAUUUAUCCUGUGUUGUUUUGUGGUUGCAUGACUGCCCUUUUGCUUAGCAGUUUAUGGCCUUCAUGUACUAUAAUGAUAGAUUCCCCAUCAAUAGUAUUGGGUUUCAGUCA